AUGGCGGAAUCACUUGCAGACCAGCUUAAGGCAACGACCUUGGGAGAUGGCGCCUCAUCGGAAGACUGGAAGAAGAACCUGAAGCUGCCCGCCAGAGACAACAGACAACAAACUGAGGAUGUCACGAACACGAAGGGUCUGGAGUUUGAGAACUUCCAAUUGAAGAGAGACCUGUUGAUGGGUAUUUUCGAGGCCGGAUUCGAGAAGCCAUCCCCCAUUCAAGAAGAGGCGAUCCCCGUCGCCCUGACCGGCCGUGACAUUCUUGCCCGUGCAAAGAACGGUACCGGCAAAACUGCAGCUUUCGUCAUCCCUGCCCUUGAGAAGAUCAACCCCAAGGUUUCCAAGAUCCAAGCCCUCAUCCUCGUCCCUACUCGUGAGCUUGCUAUGCAAACAUCACAAGUCUGCAAAACCCUCGGCAAGCACCUCGGCAUCAACGUAAUGGUCACCACUGGAGGAACUGGUCUCCGCGAUGAUAUUAUCCGUCUCCAGGACCCCGUCCACAUUGUCGUCGGUACCCCCGGCAGAAUCCUCGAUCUCGCUGGCAAGAAUGUCGCCGACCUGAGCGAAUGCCCCAUGUUCAUCAUGGACGAAGCUGACAAGCUCCUCUCCAUCGAAUUUACCCCCGUCAUCGAACAACUCCUCCAGUUCCACCCCAAGGACCGCCAGGUCAUGCUCUUCUCCGCCACUUUCCCUCUGUCCGUCAAGGACUUUUCCGACAAGAACAUGGUCAGCCCUUACGAGAUCAACCUCAUGGACGAGCUCACCCUCCGCGGUAUCACCCAAUACUACGCCUUCGUCGAGGAGAAGCAAAAGGUGCACUGCCUCAACACCCUCUUCUCCAAGCUGCAAAUCAACCAAUCCAUCAUCUUCUGCAACUCGACCAACCGUGUCGAGCUGCUGGCCAAGAAGAUCACCGAGCUGGGCUACUCGUGCUUCUACAGUCACGCAAAGAUGGCCCAGCAAGCGAGAAACCGUGUCUUCCACGACUUCCGCAACGGUGUGUGCAGAAACCUUGUCUGCUCUGAUCUCCUCACCCGUGGUAUCGACAUUCAGGCCGUGAAUGUCGUCAUCAACUUCGAUUUCCCCAAGAACGCCGAGACCUAUCUUCAUCGUAUCGGUCGCUCCGGCCGUUAUGGCCACUUGGGUCUGGCCAUUAACCUGAUCAACUGGGACGACAGGUUCAACCUCUACAACAUCGAGAAGGACCUCGGCACCGAGAUCCAGCCCAUCCCCGCCAGCAUUGACAAAUCCCUUUACGUCUACGAGAACCCCGAGUCCAUCCCAAGACCCAUCUCCAACUUCAAGACCAACCAGCCUGGUCAGCCCCAAGGCCAGCUUCCCGCCCCUGGCCAGCAACUGCCUCAGGGUGCUCAGCAGCCCGCCCCUGGUAACUGGCAGACCCAGAACCCCCAGCAGGGGCAGCAGAACGGCUACCAGGGCGGCGGUAGAGGCCGUGGGCGCGGCCGUGGUGGCUACGGUGGUCGUGGACGUGGCUACGGCGGCCGCGGACGUGGUCAAGGACAGGGCCACCCUCACGCUCAGCCUCAAGGACAGGCGUCCUAG